AUGCGGAACUGCACGGUCCUCCAGGUUCGUCAACCGGCGUUCUCCGGCGCGGCCGGCGUCCGAGGCCUCCGAGAGUCGGUCCUUCGCGAGAGGUGGUCGCGGAGGUCGCAGGUGGAGGAAGCGAAGGUGAGAAGAGGGGCUCGCGGAGCGGCGGGCGGAGGACAGGGUCGCGAUGACGGAGUGCGACGUGGAGUGCGGCGCGAAGAACGGAGCGGAGCCGUGACGCGGCAGAGCGGCGAGUGGGAGGUGGUUCGCCCAGACCGACCCGUUAUAUUAUCUCGCGUUAGUCAGUCAGUCGUGCCAGCGAUCCCGUGGCGGUUGAGACGGAGUCGGCUCGUUGCAAUCGUAGCCUGACACGGUGUGCACCAGCACGACGCGUGUUCGAAACGGAUCGACUGAUCGAAUCGCCGCGGUUUCGAGUGAGGUCAAAGUGCAGCUCUGAGACGGAGAGAGAGACGCGCGCGCAUCGCGACCCUCUGGAGCGGAGUGAUCCAAGAAAGGAAGUCACUACACUCGAGUGAUUCGUAAUCGCCACUUGAUCGAUCGAUCGAUCGAUCGAUCGAUCGCGAUUCAUCGCAUCGCACGCCGAUAGUGAUAGACACAGUCGAGGACCCAGUCGCUCACGACCGGCAACUUGGUCGUGCCCCACGGCGACAAAACUCGUGUGUUCCGGAGUGGCUGCCGUGUGAUCUGCCGCGUGAGAAGUCGAGAAACUCUUCCUCCGCCACUUGCGACUUGCGUGGUGGAACCACGAAGUCGGUUAAUUAGCGACCGCGCGCGCGCGCGUGCGCGCGCUCUUCGCGACAGUCUUCCGGGAUAUUUAAUCGUGAUUGACGGUGUGUGCGGGGGCUGGACUGGUGGUGAAAGUAAAGCCGGUGUCUCUCGAUACACCCGCAUCGACACCGUCGCGCGAUUGCCGGUGCUGACGGUGCUCGCGCGAGCGUAGUGCCGAGUGACCUGUUAUCGUUAUCGUGAAAGUUUCUGCCGAGGUCGCCAUGUCGUUGUCCCCUCCUUGAGACUUCGGCUUUUUAACAGUGACUCGUGGCCAACGUGGCGUGUGUGCUUCGCGGUCUCUCUCCUUCUCUACCGAACCUGUUCUAUCUCUCUCUCCCCCCCCCUCUCUCUCUCUCUCUCUCUCUCUCUCUCUCUCGCUCUCUUACUCAAUCCCUAUUUUUUCUCUCUGCUUUUCCGUCGAACCGCGACGAACCGAGACGUCGCACGUGGACGACGGUGGGACAUCGGAUUUACAUCCAACGACAAUGACUGUGGUUAUGGAGGAGACGAAUACCUUCGUUACGUGGCCGUCGCGACUGAAGAUCGGGGCGAAGUCGAAGAAAGAUCCGCAUAUAAAGGUCGCAGGACGACUGGACGACGUACGGUCGGCGAAAGAGAAGAUAAUGGAAAUUUUGGACACACGGCAAAGUAACAGAGUGACCAUGAAGUUAGACGUCAGCUACACCGACCAUUCGCAUAUCAUCGGUAAAGGCGGUCUGACGAUCAAGCGGGUGAUGGAGGAAACCGGCUGCCACAUUCAUUUCCCAGACAGCAACCGCAGCAAUCACCAGGACAAGAGCAAUCAGGUUUCCAUUGCUGGCGAGAUGGAGGGCGUCGAACGUGCCCGUGCUCGCGUCAGGAAUCUGACGCCCCUGAUCUUCUCGUUCGAGCUGCCGAUAAUGGGCGCGUCGCAGAGCACUCCGGACUGCACUUCGCCGUACGUGGUGAAGAUACAGGAGAAGUACAACGUCCAAGUCAUGUUUCGCACGAGACCGAAGCUGCACGCCACUCUGGUGGUCGUCAAGGGCUGCGAAUGGGAGGUUUCCCAGGUCAAGGAGGCGACGGUUCUGCUGAUUCGUUACAUGUGCAAAAACCUAGCUAGUCAAAUUCAAGUACAAAUGUCGAUGGAGAUCUCACCCCAGCACCACAGCAUCGUAUUAGGGAAGCAGAGCAGCAAUCUGAAGAUGAUCAUGCAGCGAACCGCUACGCAGAUUAUGUUCCCGGAUGCCGGCGAUCCGAAUAUACCCAGCCUCAAGAAGAGCAACGUCACCAUCACUGGCGCCAUACACAAUGUUUACUUGGCUCGGCAACAAUUAGUGGGUUCACUGCCGCUGGUGCUGAUGUUCGAUCUUCCGGAGGACUCUGUGUCCGCCUCUGUCGACACCGAAAAGAUCUCCCAGCUCAUGCAGUCCUUGGAUGUGUUCAUUAAUAUCCGUCACAAGCCGAAGCAGAGCACGCUCUCGGUGAUCAUCAAGGGAAUCGAGAGGAACGCCGGCAACAUUUACGAGGCGCGGAAGCAGCUGCUCGGAUUGGACGAGCCCAGGGUCCACGCCGAGAUACCGGCCACUUACCACAUUCCAAACGCUGGCAGUAUCUUCCAAGGCAAUUCCAACAACAACGACGUCAGCUCCAGCAAUCUGAUGAGCAGCGUGCCGGACAACUUCUCGAACAUGUUGACCAUAAACACGCAGAAUUCGCCGUACUGCGUGUCGCCCAUUCCUCAUUCACCGAAUCCUAUGGGACUGUCGCCGCAUUGGGGCCUCCCUCAUCUUCCGUCCGUGUUCUCACCGCUAGGAACGCACCACCCGUACCCCUACACUCACUUGAACCACCUACUGACGACACAACACAUGCUGCACAACAAUAUGAUGCCUCAUCCCCAUGGUAUGUCAAACCACGUGAUGUCUGGCCUCGGGCCGUUUCACCACAACGCGUCGACCAACUUUCCUGGUAUCCAUGGUCUGAAUACUAACUCGAUGACGGAUAGCAAAGAGGGUAGCAGUGCUUACUCGUCGCUAAGUAGCGUGUCCAGCUCUCUAUCUAGUCCCGCUAUCAGUCCUCGCAAUAUUUCACCAGUGAAUCCUACGGAUACUAGUCCAAACUUAGCGGAUUUAUCCAGCAUGCUGUCCGACUUGUCGGUUACCGACCGCCGCGCGCCCGGCUGCGAAAAGAAGACCCUGGAGAUGGCCGCGCAGCAGAAUCUCACGCCCUUCGACUACGAGCAGAAGAAGUUGCUGGCUGCGAAGGCGAUGCAGAGCAAGCCGAGCGGCGAUUACCGCGUGCCGACUUCCGCCUGGUCCGGCUACGGCCUCAGCCAAAGUAUUCCGCCUAUAACUACGAGUGACUUGAGCAAGGAGCUGACGUCACACCCUUCGGACUUGUGGAAAGAACCGACCACGCCGGUGUUCAGUACCGAGAUGGACUUCGGUAUGAUCUCAAGCAAGGACCGCAUCGGACAGAUCGGCAUGGCCUCCAAUUACAUGGACCACACGCCGACUUCCCACUUGAACAAGAUCACGUCCCAUCGCUACAACGAUCUGGCCAGCAUGCUGACCAGCAUCGGCCUGGAGAAAUAUAUCCGCCUGUUCACGUCUCACGAAGUGGACAUGGCUACCUUUCCUUCUCUCACGGAGAAGGAUCUCUGCGAAAUCGGAAUUACCGCUUGGGGCGCGAGGCGCAAGAUAAUGCUGUUGAUAUCCGAGAUGAACAAACGUACCGUCAGUCCGUUCUCCGGGAGCGCCGCGCCCGGCGCCGAGCGGAAAGCGUCCACGUCGUCGGCGUCGACGUCGUCGCUCGGCAAAUGCAAUCUGGACACCAAAUGGUAGGAGAGCGAGACAUACACACACAGAGAGAGAGAGAGAGAGAGAGGGAGAGAGAGAGAGAGAGGGAGAGAGAGAGAGAGAGAGAGAGAGUCGAAAAGAGAGAAGAUCGAGAGCAGUACACUCGUUCGGCACAGCGCUCCGAACGCUCUCGCGGUCGACCGAAGGAUGUCGCGUGGCGACGACAAAUUCGAUCGGGAUGAUCAAUUAAGUACGUACUUAAUGAAAACGCCGAUCGCGCCAAAUCAAUGGGAUGAUUCGCGUUGAGAGCGAAAGAGAGGGAAUUGAAAGCGUCAGGGCGCCUUGCACUAGCCUGAGCCGACAGAACGGCAUGAUUAGCUAGGAUAGAUUUGCAUGUGUUGAUUUGAAGUUUCUUAGGUAACGGGAGAAGAUAGCCGGAUUUCGUUUUUGUGGCCGGGAACUGGUUGUAUCCUUUUUUUUUCUCAAUUUUUUUUUCUCGCUGUUCUCGGCGCGCGCGCCCGGAAGGUGCCUUAGAUUUAAAAUAGAUAAGUGGUUAAUACUUUCGCUACUUAUACGCAAUUUCUGUUUGCUGGUGAUCCUUGUCCAGCCGAUGGACACGUGGUGUCGCAUCGACGUCGUGCGCGACGCGUGUUUCGUCACGGUAAAUCGCCCGUCGUUGAUAAUAUUCCUAUCGACCCACCGGGCCCGGCGAUUAUUACGGUUGCGAAACGCCGACGCGCAUGUCUGAUUACGUCUAUCGCGUUCGUUGUAUCGUGUUUCCGUGUGCGUGUGUGUGUGUGCGUGUGUGUGUAUGCGUGCGUGUGUGUGUG